AUGGAGGAGAACGGGGUGGCCGCCGCCGCUGCCUUCGCCGCACUGCUGCUGGGCUGCGUCGUCACGGUCCUCGUCGGCGGCGCCGCUGCGCAGGCCCCCCGGCUCCCCUCCGACUACAAAACCCUCAGCGGUUGUUUUGCUAAACUGAAUUCAAGUAAGACUGAUCAUGACCUGGCCUACCAUAGUGCAAUUGAUGAUGGCGCAGAUGUCAUUGAUUGUCCUGUUCAAGUGACAAGUGAUGGAGUUCUUAUGUGCAUGAGUUCCAUUAAUCUGCUUGACACCACGAAUGUUCAGAGAACACCUUUCGCCACUCCUUCUGUUGUUCCAGAAAUUCAAUCUACACCAGGAAUCUUCACAUUCAACCUCACUUGGACCAACAUCAACAGUAGUGCUUUAAAACGUCAGUUUCUUUUGUAG